AUGGAACCAAGUAAAUCCAAACGAAUAAAUUCGGGAUUUUACUUAGUGGAGACGAAAGUGGGACCAAUUGUGGCAGGUUAUGGUCAAAUAAUUAACAAUGUAAAUUCAAAUAUAACGCAAGUGGAAACGGCAAUUGUUUGCGUAACUAUUCGCCGCAAUGUACCAGGUAUCGAUCAGUUUUGGAAAUUAGAGCUUAUUGGUGUGAAAGAAGAACCAGAAACAACGGACGAUGACAAGGCAUCAUCUCAAUUCAAAAGAAGCGUCAGUAAAUAUAAAGGGCAAUAUCAAGUUAGCUGGCCGUGGAAAGAAACAGCGAAGAACUUAUACGUAGACAACGUUUUGAUAUCAUCAGCUACAAUAGAAGAAGCUUGA